AUGAAGGUCGAGUAUUGUUCAUUGGUUGGCAAGGGCUUGAAACUCAAUACUGUCGAGGAUGUUGCUCAGUAUGUGGCUGAAAUAGAGGCUCUUGACGGCCUGACUACUGUGCGUUUAGGAGGCAACACUUUUGGAGUGGAGGCUGCGCGUGCCAUUGCUGCUGCUCUCAAGAAAAAGGAUCAACUCGAGGUUAUUGGGUUUUCUGAUAUGUUCACUGGAAGAUUGAAGGACGAAAUUCCACUUGCUCUAGACGCCUUUGUCGAGGCAUUUGAAGACAAGAAACAUCUUGUUGAUUUGGAUUUAUCUGACAAUGCAUUUGGCCCUGCUGGUGCCAAACCACUCAUGCGACUUCUGACUAAUAAUCGAAACAUUGAAACUCUACGUCUCAACAACAAUGGUCUCGGAAUCGAAGGUGGUCGUCUUGUUUCAGAAGCACUUAUUGAAGCACAGAAGCUUAACGAGGCAGAAUCACGUAUAUCGUCACUUAAAGUUGUGAUUGUAGGACGAAACAGGCUUGAGAGUGCCGGUGCGGGACAUUUUGCCAAAGCAUUCGAAGCACAUAAAAAGUCUUUACAUACUGUACGCAUGCCACAGAACAGUAUUCGUCCUGAAGGAAUCAGCAAUCUGCUCACGUCAUUGCGUCAAUGCGACAAACUGGAGUAUUUGGAUCUGCAAGACAAUACGUUUACGCGUGAAGGAUCGCUUGCAUUAGCAGCAGGAAUUCCUCACUGGCCCAAUCUCCGAGUGCUUGACAUUGGCGAUUGUCUUCUCAAAACAUCUGGUAGUGGAGCCAUCAUCAAAGCAUUGACAUCCGAAAGCACCAAAUUGGAACAUUUGAAUCUCAGUUUUAACGAGAUCAAGGAACCAGCUGCAAUGCUCUUGGUUAUGAUGUUGGCCAACAAGACUUGUAUCGAGUCUAUCCAACUUAAUGGAAAUAUUUUUGAAAGCGACUGUGACUCAGUAAAUUCGAUUCGCAGGAUGUUGGAGACGUACGACAAGGGGGAUGCUUUGGAUGAGCUAGAUGAGAUGGAAGAGGAAGACCUGGAUGAAAAUGACAAUGAUCCAGAUGGACACCUUCUCGGAGAACCGAUUUUAUCGGACAAUCUUUCUGAAGAAGACGAGAUUGAGAAACUGGCGAAAGAUAUCAAUGAGCUGGUAGUGUAGAUCCGUAAGCUAAUCAAGACUUCCAAUGUACAAUCGAGUGUGAUUUUAUGGAGAUUACCGAAUGAAAAACACUUGGAUUUGGAAGGUG